GGGGGCGGUCCGCGCAAGCGCACAGACCUGCCCCGAGACCCCGCCCCCUAAGUCUUGGGUAACUGCGCGAGGGGGCCUGAGUGCGGUGCGCGACGGGACCACGAACUAGUUGGGAUGGCCACCAGCUGGGGGAGCCUCUUGCAAGAUGAGCAGCUGCUGGAAGAGUUGGCUCGGCAGGCUGUGGACCGGGCCCUGGCUGAGGGCGUGUUGCUGCGGACCACACAGGAGCCCAGUUCCUCAGAUGUGGUGAGCUAUGCCCCUUUUACACUCUUCCCCUCACUGGUCCCCAGUGCCCUGCUGGAGCAGGCCUAUGCUGUGCAGAUGGAUUUCAACCUGCUAGUGGAUGCUGUCAGUCAGAACUCUGCCUUUUUGGAGCAAACUCUCUCCAGCACCAUCAAAAUGGACAACUUUACUGCUCAUCUCUUUGACAUCUACAAACAAGUCUUGGGAGAAGGCAUUGCCCAGACUGUGUUCCUGAGUCUGAACCGCUCAGACUACAUGUUCCAGCGCAGCGCAGAUGGCUCCCCAGCCCUGAAACAGAUUGAAAUCAACACUAUCUCUGCCAGCUUUGGGGGCCUGGCCUCCCGUACUCCAGCCGUGCACCAACAUGUUCUCAAUGUCCUGAGCAAGACCAAAGAAGCUGCGAAGAUCCUCUCCAAUAAUCCCAGCAAGGGACUGGCCCUGGGGAUUGCCAAAGCCUGGGAGCUCUACGGCUCAGCCAAUGCUCAGGUGCUACUGAUUGCUCAAGAGAAGGAAAGGAACAUAUUUGACCAGCGUGCCAUAGAGAAUGAGUUACUAGCCAAGAAGAUCCAUGUAAUCCGGCGAAGAUUUGAAGAUGUCUCUGAAAAGGGGUCUCUAGACCAAGACCGUAGGUUGUUUAUGGAUGGCCAGGAAAUUGCUGUGGUUUACUUCCGGGACGGCUACAUGCCAACUCAGUACAGUACACAGAACUGGAAAGCACGCUUACUGCUGGAGAGGUCAUGCGCUGUUAAGUGCCCAGACAUUGCCACCCAGCUGACUGGGACUAAAAAAGUGCAGCAGGAGCUGAGCCGGGCGGGCGUGCUGGAGAUGUUGCUCCCUGGCCAGCCUGAGGCUGUGGCCCGCCUCCGUGCCACCUUCGCUGGUCUCUACUCAUUGGACAUGGGUGAAGAAGGGGACCAGGCCAUUAAUGAGGCUCUUGCUGCCCCAAACCGGUUUGUGCUAAAGCCUCAAAGAGAGGGUGGAGGCAACAACUUGUAUGGGGAGGAAAUGGUGCAGGCCCUGGAGCAGCUAAAGGACCGCGAGGAGAGGGCCUCCUACAUCCUCAUGGAGAAGAUUGAACCUGAGCCUUUUGCAAACUGCCUGCUACGGCCUGGCAGCCCUGUCAGAGUGGUCCAGUGCAUCUCAGAGCUGGGCAUCUUUGGAGUCUAUGUCAGGCAGGGAAAGACACUUGUGAUGAACAAGCACGUGGGGCAUCUACUUCGAACCAAAGCCAUCGAGCAUGCAGAUGGGGGUGUGGCUGCAGGAGUAGCAGUCCUGGACAACCCAUACCCUGUAUGAGGGCACGGCCUGGACAGCCUGGACUUCACUCAAGAGAUCUUCUAUCCCACGUACUUGUCACUAAUCUCCGAACCCUACUACCUUAGGAGGGCCCUUCUCUCCCAAAGUUUUCUAAGGUCUAGUGUGAAGGAUCUGAGGACCAGAAAGGCUGUGUUUCCAUUAGAUGAGAUCUAGAAGCCCCCAAAUCUUUGAGGUGUGGGAAGGGAGCUGCUCUGAGGUCAAGGUCCAUAAAUUCUGCCAUACUCCUCUUGACCCCUCAUCAGCCUUUUCAGCAGCUUCAAGUGCCUGACUUGGGAUAGGACUGAGUGGUAGAAAGAGGAGAGAUAAGGGGGGGGGGCAUAGACUUUUUUCCAUCUCUGCCUUAAAUAAAAUUACAUUACUGACUGUUGAAUCGUUGUUUUGUAUACAGAGGAAAGAGGAAAGUUAUAAUCUAGAUCAGCCCACUUACGGUGGAUUGGGGCAGGGAAUGUGACUGGGCUAUAGUCAGGGUCUCCCUAGACCCAGACCCUAUGGAUGGGAUCCUGAAGUUCCAAUCUUUAGUCACUCACUAACACUCCCAUAGGAUCAUAGGGAAAAGUAGGAGUCCCUGACAGAAGCCCAGGUGGGAAAGCAACCACAAUGGGAUAUGAAAGUUGUGAAGUGGCUUCAGUCACUCUUACUUAACUGAGGGGCUUGUCAGAGUUCCUGUGAGUGAAGCCCUGCCUGCCUCUUCCCAAAAGUUUUAGAAGGAAGACACUGGGGUAGUCCUCGGGAAUAUCACUCCCCUUCCCACCUGCCACACAAAUCAGAGCAGCUACAUGUACAGCCUGAAAGAUACCUAAGAAAACCAGUCACACCUUCUUGAGGUCACAAACUUUAUUCCUACAACCAUGGAGCUUAAGCAUCAAUAGGGCAAGAGAAGAGAGUUCCAUAUGAGUGUAUCUCUCAUGGGCAGGCUCUGUUCAUGGAAAGGUGGGUACAGGACAGGGAAGAUAAGUUCCUCUGAUCCUAGUAACAAAAUACACCCACUCCUCCAAAGAAGCAGAUGAUUUGAAAAGCAUCUAGAGACUGAACUGGCUUGCACAGCCUCUGGAGCAAAGAGGGAAUUCAGACUCAGAACAGAAGCAGCAAAGUAUUUAAAAAAAUAAUUAUUAUUCCUGGACUCAUAAACUGUCAUUCCUAAAGACAAGUGCAUAUCCAAGAUAAGUACUGGUGCUUUCUGAGAAAGCUGACACAGGAUUUAGGGUUGGCUCCCAGCUUCAGUCUAGGCCCUUAUUUACCCUCUGAACUUAGGGACAUGGUCUUCAGGUCCCUGUACUGGGCAUGGAGAGUUCUUUGGAGACUGGAGACAUAUUAGUCUGAGGCUGACUUGGGACUUUGUCCCUUUUGCCUGGCAGUCACAGGAAACUGUCUCCAUAUAGGGACAAAGUGUGGGUCAGGAUUGGCCCUCAGUACUCCUAGAAAGGGGACAGGGAGGACGGACAGAACUUUGGAGAGCCAAGCAGGAGAAUCCUGGGUAAAGAGUCUUGUUCACUGGAUGGUCAGGCAGCGGUGGCUAAAGAGAUGACUGAUGACAGACGGGUCAGCCACUGUAGAUGUGUCCCCCACGUCAUGGUCAUUCUGAGCAAUCUUUCGAAGCACUCGCCUCAUGAUUUUUCCUGGGGGACCACAAGCCUCUGGUUACUAAGUGACAGCACUGACCCACCCAACCCCACCAAAGGCUUUCAUCCACACACCCCAUACCACUGGGCCUCAGCCCAUCCCAAUCCCUGGAGGUAUCUGAACAUACCUGAGCGGGUUUUAGGCAAGCCAGGUGCAUUCUGGAUGUAGUCUGGUGUGGCAAUCGGGCCAAUCUUUUCUCUAACUGUAAUCAACAAAUCAAGUUUUUCUUCAUCACCUUUAGCCAGACUCUCAAAAGCCAAGGGAGGGAUGGUUUAGUUCCCCAACUGUUUCCCCUUGAAGGCCCUGUCUACAGAGUCACCCUCAGGUUCUCUGCCUCUCCUAUUAUAUCUUAACCCACGUUCGUGGAACUCUGGCUGUAGAAUCAGCCUGCCAGAAUUUAAAUACACCUUUCAGGAAGUAUAGUCUUGGGCAAGUGAUUUAACUUCUCUGCACCUGAAGUUUCUUCAUCUUUGAAACUAGAGUAACAAUAGUAUCUCUUUUGUGGAGGUGAUUAUAGGGAUUAAAUGGGGUCAUGCAUUUAAAGCACUAAGCCCAGUGAUGGCACAAAAAAAGUAUUAAAUAGUUGUUGGCUAUUAUUAUUAACCUGUAGAAAGACUAGUGGAAACUAAGUAGGUAGAAAUCAUUUGGACCAUGGGAUCCCAUGAGCUCUAUUCAUGGUUUGGGGAACAGCUUGCUGCAGCCCCUCCCUAACAACAUGCAGACCCUCUAGUCCUUGCUGAGGAGAGCUCCUUACUCUGCUUCUUGAGCUCCUCAGUGAGGGUGGGGCUGAAGCUGUGGCCAUCACACAGGGUAACAAAGCAGUAGAGGCAUUCGCCCUUCACAGGAUGAGGAUGGCCCACCACAGCUGCCUCUGCCACAGCCUCGUGUUCCACAAGUGCUGACUCCACUUCUGCUGUACUCAGCAAGUGUCCUUGUCAAGAGAAAGGAAAUGCCAUGAGAGAUUCCAGCCUUUGCCCCAGCCUUUGUUCCAUUGGUACCCGCAGGGCAGACCCCAGUCUGCAUGGGGAAUGCCCUUCAUCCAGUCCUCACGUGGCAUGUUUCCAGUUACCUCACCACCCCAGUUUCUUCUAGGCAUAUUCCAGUGCUGAUCAUUCUUCCAAAACCUGGACCCAGAACUGAAUACCACACUCCACACAUGUUUGGUCUGGCCAAAUGACAAUCCUGGGUCUCUUUAUAAAGUCUUUAGCUGGGAGUUGUCAGGGUAACAGAGCUAAUGAAAUGGUAGGGGGUCCUGGGCCCUCACCAGAUACAUUGAGCAUGUCAUCAAUCCUGCCAGUGAUCCAGUAAUAGCCAUCCUGGUCCCGCCGGCAGCCUGGGAAGAAAUGCACAACAUAUAAAUACCCCACAAUAGAGCACAUGAUCCACAUUACCAAACUGUCAUACCCAAUGCAGUAGAUUUCUAGCAAGUCUUCCAGCCUCCAUGAUGGUCCCAUUGAUCUCCAUCUCCUAGUAUUUAAAGCCCUGCAAAUAGUUCUCACUGUGCAAGGUUAGUCUGUGUAACCAACAGAAUUUGGCAGAAAUGAUGGGAUGUAAUUUAUUUUUUUUUCCUUAACAUUCAUUUCUUAAGUUUUAGGUGGACACAAUAUCUUUACAUUUAUAUGGUGCUGAGGAUCGAACCCAGUGACUCGUGCAUGCUAGGCGAGCAUGCCACCACUGAGCCACGACCCCAGCCCAACAGGGUGUCAUUUCUGAGAUUAGAUUACAGAAGACACAUUGGCUUCCACCUUGGAUGUAUUCUCUCAGAUCUUGUACCCUAGGGAAAGCCAGCUGCCACGUUGUAAGUAGCCCUACAGAGAUGGUGACAAACUGAGUAUUUCUGCCAGCAGCCACAAGAUUGAGUAAGAAAGUGGGUCCUCUAGACUCAGUCAUACCUUUAGAUAACUACAGCCCCUACCAACAGUUUGAUUGCAAUCCAUGAGAGACACUUGACAAAGAACCACCCAUCUAAGCUGUUCACUGAUCCUGAUAACUCAGAAACUAUGUGAGAUAAUAUAAUACUUGUUGUUUUUGAGUUACCAACUUUGAGGGUAAUUUAUUCCAUGGCAGUAAAUAACUAAUAUAGCCAUCUCAAGUCGCUGUAACUCAGGUAGUUGUUUUCUAAACAGUAAAGUAGUUCUUAUCACUCCCCUUCUUAAAACAUGUAAAUGUCUCUCAUUGUACUUUGAAUAAAAUCUAAACUGCUCAUCAUGGCCCACAAGACGCUAUAUUAUUACUCUCCAGCUUCACGUGAUAUUCUUCCCUGUGCUUACUACACUCUAGCCAUACAGGCUUCAGUCCAUUCCUCAUUCAUUUCAAGCUGUGUUGGAGCUGGGGGUAUAGCUUAAUGGUAGAGCACUUGCCUAGCAUGCAUAAGGGCCCUGAGUUACAUACCCAGCACUGCAACAAACAACAAAAAGACAAAAACACCACCUUGUGUCCUACUGAAAACAAUACUCUUAAUCUAGAUUUCUCUGUAUCUGGUUCUUUUUCACCCCUCAAGUCUCUGCUCAAUGUCAGUUCAGAAAAGCUGCCUCUGACCACUCUCCACUCUGUGUUGAGUAGCUGUCCCUGAAGACACUCUUUAUCACAUUAUUUUCAUCAUAUCACUUACCUCUACCUAAGAUAAGCUUAUUUACUUGUUUGCUGGAUUUACUGUCUGUCUCUUUCUAACUAGAAUGUAAAUCCCAUGAUAAAAGAUACCUUGACUAAUAUUCAUGGUAAUAUACCUUGUGCUUAUUAGAUCAGUGGUUGGGCAUAGUAGGUGCUCAGUAAAUACAAUAUGGACUUGGCAGACAAACAGGCUCCAAACAUGGAGACACACAUGACACAGUAACAAACAUUGCUACAUGCUACAUCUCUGUCAACACAGGAUCAAGAAACAAGAAAACUCUUGGACAUUUAACAUUAGAUGGCAUCAUCUUGAGACCUUUCCUGCAAUACUCAUUCCUGUUCUUAAAGUUUUCUCUGUUGCUCUGCCUGUUUACUAGACAGUGAUAUUUAGGACAUGUUCCUUUCUGUUCUCUACCCUUAACCAACUCUUUUGAAAAUGGAAGGUGAAGGUACAUCUUAAUGGGAGGUACAGGGAGAGGCUAGCCAAGGCUCACCAUCUCCUGUCACGUAGUACCCAGGGAACUUCUUAAAGUAGGUGGUCUCAAAGCGUGUGUGGUUCCCAUAAACCGUGCGCAUUAUCCCUGGCCAGGGCUGCUUAAACACCUGUGGAGGGAGGAAGGCACAGUGAUCACAACUGCUAGGCUGUCUCAGAGGAAGAUAAUAAUUUCUUUGCUAAAUAUGGGGGGAAUAUCCUAAAGUCCAUUCCUAGGAAGUAAGACAAACUAUAAGCUUUGGAGAUGAAUGAUCCUGACUUGGAAUCCCAACUCUACAACUUACUAACUAGCUAUGUGAUCUCGGGAAACUAACUUUGCUUCUCUUAGAAUCCUCAUUUGUAAAUCUGAGAAAAUAAUUUCAAUCUUCUUAAGUUAUUUUGAGGAUUAAAUUAAUAGUAUGUAGAAACUGCUUAGCACAGUAUUCUUUUAGUUACAAGCUUUUAGUAAAUUUUAAGUCCAGCUUAAAGCAAAUGAAAACAGUCAUAUAAAAAAUGGGACUCAAACCAGGUGUGGUGGCACAUGACUAAAAUCCCUGGUAUUCAGGAGACUAAGGCAUUAAAAGUUUGGGGAUAGCCUAGGCAAUUUAGCAAGACCUUAUCAAAAAAUAAAAAGGACUGGGGCUAUACCUCAGUGUUAGAGCGCCCCUGAGUUUAAUCUCCAGUACCACACCAAAAACAAAACAAAAAAAUGGGUCCCACACAUGAGUUAAUAAUAAUGUUCUGUGGUAGCAGAUUCAUGAGAACAGAUGGAAUUAUAGGCUGAGUCAAAAGGCCUAGAUUCAAGUCCUGCUCCUGUUACUAACUGUUCUUAGAAAAAUGAAAUUGGGUAGGGUCUGGAGGACAUGGCUGAUAAGAUCCCUAUUAAGUACUAACACAAACAUCAUAAUAGCUAACAUUUAUUGAGCACUAACUUCUAGGUUUUGUGCUAACCGCUUUCCAUGGAUUAUCUAAUUGACAAAACAGCCAAAGGAGACAAAAGUAAUAUUAAAACCCAACUUUCCAAAUAAGAAAAGUUAGGUUCAAAGGUAUUAGGUAACUUCUCUGAGGUCAUAGAAGAAGCAGAGUCAGGAUUUGAACCCAGACAGGCUGACUCAAGAGCCUACAUGAUUAUCUACUAUUUUAUUAAGCCUCCUGUCUCAAGAAUGUUUGUCAAAGGAAGAAUUAGGACUGUCUUCCAUACCCUAAAAAAUAUCAUUGGGGUGGGGGGCUAGGGCUAUGGCUCAGUGGUAGAGCACUUGCCUAGCAUGUGUGAGGCACUGGGUUCAGUUCUCAGCACCACAAAUAAAUAAAUGAAUAAAAUAAAGGUCCAUCAACAUCUAAAAAAAUUUUUUUUUAAAGUUUCAUAGAGAAUCUUUGAACAGAAUCUUAAAAGGCCCAUAAGAACCUUGUGCACCAAAAGGCAGAGAUGCAGGCAAAGUAUCUAGAAGAAUUCCUCCUGAAGUCUUUCAAUAGAGGACAAACCACCAACUGUGGAGCUUCAGUUCUAAGCAGCUAUCAAGAGAGAUCAGGUUAUUAACUCUGAAGUAAAGUAGCUGUGGUAGAUCCUUUUCCUUCUUCAAAGGACCCCACUCCACCAAAAAAAAAAAAAAAAAAGGCAGGGCCUUACCAGAUGACCUUCAGCUUCACCUUCUAACUCUUCCCCAGACUCAUUCAGGAUUGCAGGAGCUACGCCAAAGAAAGGGAAGGACUAAAAGCAAAUAGGAGACAGAACCCAAGAAAAGGAAUGAGACAAUUCUGACUCAACUCCAAAGGAGCCCCAGUGCCCCAAAUUCCUCAUACAUAUGGGUCCAUUCUCUAGUAGACCAAAUACCCCCACAACCCUAUCCCUGCCAAGCCCAGGACCAACAGGGGAAAUUCACUCACAGCAGAACCAGGUUUCAUGGGUGUGGCACCAGGGAGGGGGGUCAGCAUGUGGCCACCCUAUGGAAAUCAGAGAUCAGGGGUUUGAGUCAGUUUUCCAACAUUGUCCCUGAGCCCAUCCUUCUGAACCCCUCACUCACUGUCUCUGUUUGCCAGAAGGUGUCCACGAUGGGGCAGCGCCGGGCACCUACCACCCGGUGGUACCACAGCCAGGCUUCAGGGUUGAUAGGUUCACCCACUGUCCCUAGCACCUGCAAGGAUGCCCGGCUAUGCCUUGGGCAGGGAAUGGGAGAGAGGAAAUUUCUGAGUACCACUGGGAGCCAGGAUACACAUGUCCUGGUCCUUCUCUUACUUUCUCCCCUAUUCACAUCAGGGAAUUGGAACAAUGGGGAAAAAAAACUAUGUACAAAGGGAAACACCCAGCUCUGAAGGAUUUCUAUCUAUAGGACACCAACUGGGAAGGGGGUGUCUCACUUGAUGACAGGUUCAUCUCCAAACUUCAUGAGCAGACGAAUGGCUGUCGGUGCUGUGUAGAACUUGGUCACCUUGUAUUUGUCCACGAUGCUCCAUAGACGACUCACAUCUGGGUAUGUGGGGAUCCCUUCAAAC